AGUCAGAUUUGGAUGCAGCCGGAUGGUUGCUUGCCGGGCGUACCUUGGCUUGAAUGCAGCCUCCCUCAACCACUCAUCAGCUCGCUUCGCAAUAGAUAGACUGCUGCACCAAUUCAAAGUAGCUCCAUCCAUGGCUUCUAUCGAGUAGGUUGCACGCACGCGCGCCAUGCAACACCAAUCUGUCAUCUCCGCUAGAUAGCUCGGCCGGCAGGAUGGUGGAGCUGCAGGUCGCCCUCGCCGCCGUCAGCGUCACGGCCGUCGUCACCCUCGCCUUCCUCCUCCGCAUGUGCUCCCGCAGCGCCGCUCCUGCGAUGGCCACGGCGGCGGCGGCGGCGGCGCGCGCGGGGGAGUGGCGCGCCUGGGCUGACGCGGGGACGGACGACACCGUCGUCGACGUCGAGGCGGGGCUCGACGACGCCGCGCUCAAGGCGCUGCCCAAGGUGGUCUAUGAGGUGGGGGAAGCGGAGGCGGCGGGCAAGGCGAAGAAGACUGCCGCGACGGCCGCCGGUGCCGCCGCGGCGGGGGAGCCGGUGGCGCCGUGCUGCGCGGUGUGCCUGGGCGAGUUCGCCGGCGGGGACGUGCUCCGCGUGCUGCCCGAGUGCGCGCACGCCUUCCACCAGCUGUGCGUCGACCGGUGGCUGCGGCUGCGCCCGACGUGCCCCGUCUGCCGCUCGCCGCCGGUGCCCAGCCCCGCCGCGACGCCGCUCGCCGCGCGGCCCACCCAGCACUGAUCGAUCUCAUUUCUCGGGCUCUGAAGUCUGAACCAGGGUUGUGUAAAGUAAAAUCAUUUUUGUGUGUGAAAUGGAAUGGAAUGCAAGAGCAAAUAUUGGCAAUUCUUUCUUUCUUUUUUGUAGAAGCUGUCCAUUUUCAGUGGUCUGAGAUAGAAUAUUGGCAAUUUGCUGUUCUUUGUGUCACAAUCAAAAUUCUGAAAUCACUUAUGGCUCAAUUUUGCAUCU